GCUGCUUUUCUGACUUGGUCUGUCGAGGCGUUUUCCCAAGAGGAAAUAUAAUAAACAGUGACUUGUUUACAGCCAGCGACAGUCCUUAUCUUGACAGCACAGACAGGAACUUCUGUUUUCCAUAUAAAAACAUACGAUGACUUGUUUUCAGCUGAUCAAUAGUUCUGAAAUGAUCGUUUCCGCCGGGAGGCUCUUCGGGAGGCUGUGAUCUGAGCUGAUCAGGCUCUUAAAAUGGAGGCUGUAAGGACAAAGAAGAGCAAAACAAAAAGCAGCGGAAAGUCUCAGCAGGUCAGGAAGCAGAAACAGGCUGACGAGGAGAAAAGAGCCGCAGCUCCACCUUCUCUCUGUGAUGAAGCCUCCAGCUCUGGCUUCACUGAGAUCCCCCUCAGUCUGCCUCCUUGUCCUCCUCCUCAGGAGACCCUGGAGGAGAAGGAGAAUCCUGUCCAAAGUUCCAACACAGCAGCACAGCCUGCUGAGUCACAACAGACCCCCUCGGUGUCGACCACAUCACAUUUAACUACGACUCUACAGUCAGGCCUGAACUUGUCAGCAGUGAUGCCAAAAGAGAGAGCUCACCAAGCAGAGUCAGACAAAGAAGUAGACAAAGAUGGUGGGGUGGGAGGUCCAGGGAUUGAUCCUAAAGUUGCACAAAGAACCAUUGAGCCAGAGAAUGACUUGCACUUGUGGAAUCAAGCUUUUGUUACAGCUCAGUUUGACAACCUGAGUGCCCCUGCUUUGUACCCAUCUCUUCCAAAACUGGAGGAGGAUUCUGCGAUACAGCUCUGCGAGGAAGCUGUAAAAAACUGUGGAAGGGAACCUGCUGUGUUGGCGCUUCCUGAGCAGGAGUCUUCUCCUUUGAGUCUGCAGCCUCUGAAAUCUGUAGCUGAGCUUUCAAGGAGCAAACUGUACCCAGAAUUACCCAAAACGGCUCCAGAGAUGCAGGCAUUUUCGCUGGAGCAGCUGAGGGUCUGGGAGCCAAGCGGCGGGUUGCGAUCAUGGCUGGAAGGUGUGGAGCUGUGUGCCACCCAGUUCUGUGCUCUGGCCCAUCAGGAGAACCAUGAACUGACAGAACUUCUACAGAACUACUGGCGCUGCCGCAGACAGCUGAGCCAGUCGCACACACAGCUGCACACCCAGUCGUCAGACUGCAGGAGCACACAGAAUCGCCUCUGGAGCUUCAAAGAUGAGCAGCUCAAGCUUCAGGGGGUGUGUGCAGACCAGUGUAAGGUGUGUGGAUACCAUCGUUUCCAGCAGGCAGAGUUUAGUCGGAGCGUUUGGGCCGAGCUCCAGGUUCUGUUUGAGAGUUGCAGUGAGCUGCUCCACCAGAGAGUGGUGCUGCAUGCCUACACCACUCUGCUGUCCCGCCUGCAGGUCGAAUCAUACCUGUAUCGCCUACUGAAAGAUUACUCUGGAAGCCAACUGCAGCCUUGUUCUCUUCAACCCCUGAAAGAGGCCAUCAGUGUCCUGUUUAGUUUCACCCGUAGAGUCCUUGAUGACGCACAGUUCCAGACGGACAUCCAUCAGUGGCUGGAGCGACUGGUCGUCAUCUUGUUGCACGUUGGAGGGUCAGAGGAGCACUUUUACCUGCUGUGCCAUCUUUUAUGCUGCCCUGCUGGGGUGGGAAAGUGGGCUACACCCUUCCUUCAAAUUCAAGUGUGGAGGACCAGCUCAGGAGUGCAAGACUUCAUGCAAGCUUUAGCCAUCCUAAUGUCACCUGCCAGGCACCGGGCAGAGUUUCUGGGUCACAUGAAGCCAUGCGAGAGCCAGACUUCAACAACGUCAGGACCCCAGUCUGGCAACUGGACCCUCGUUGACGAAGGUGGAGAGGAGGAUGAUGACCCAGAGACCAGCUGGUUGCUGCUCUGUGAGGAGGAUUUGAUCUCCCUGCUGAACCAGUUCCCCUUCCAGCAGCUUUACUCGCACAUGCUAGGGAUGAGCAAGCAGGGUGUGUAUGAGCCCCAGGCCUGCUCCAGUCAGAGGAUGAUGCGCGUCUUUGCCUUUGCUUCCUCGCUGAUUGAAAUCCUCUCUCUUGGUUUGCAAACCUAUAACAGAGCGCAGUACAGGCAGCUCGUCAAACGAAUAGGACACAUCAUACGUAUGACGGUGUGUUAUGUGAGUGAUCACUGGGCCCAGUAUGUGAGUGUGAACGAUGCUGCUGGGUCCAGCUCUCUUGUUCACUCCAUGUCUUUGGACAAACUGCAGCUGGAAUAUGAUCAUCUCUUCUUCAGGGCUGUUUUACACGUUCUCAGAAAUAAAAGGUUGGGCAUUUGGUUGUUUAUGUCGGAGAUGCCAUAUGGGACUCUGUCCAGCUCUAUGCGGUGGAAAGUCCUUUAUGUGAUGCAAUGUGCAGAAACAGCAGGAUUGGAAACACUCAGCACAGUUGCAGACACACAUUCCUGCAUUCAAGCUCUCAGAGACCCAAACCACCAGGACAGAUUUGAGCGAUGGCUGUGUGAGGUGAACAGCUCCGAUGGCAUCUCCCUCCUCACUGCACUCGCACACAUGGCCACACCAGUUCAACACUUUGACCCCGCUUUCAUCACAACCAUCACUCUGCUGAUCUAUCAGGUGUCUUAUGUCAGUGUGUCUACCAGAGAAACUUACUCUAAGGUGGGGAGGGAGUUGCUGGCUGUCGUAGCUACAGCCCAUCCCCAUGUUAUCUCUGUGCUCCUGGAGAGACUGAGAGAGACCAUACAGACUGUUGGAAUGAUGGCUUUGUACUUGUGCAAAGAGCUGCCUCUGAGUUUGUGGAAGCCGCAGCCAGAGGAAAUAUCUGUGAUUGGAGCCUGGUUGCUCCAGCACCCUUUGUCUGCAGUGGAGAACCGGUUGGCUUGUGUUAUCCUGGAGGGUCUCAACUGGGGUUACACACAGGACGGGCUGUUGGCUCUGCCCUCCAUCCUCCACAGUGAGGUGGCUCUGCUGGUGGCUGAAGCCUAUCAGAAGUAUCUCACAGAUAAACCAAACAGUGGCCUCAUUUCAGAAGGAAUCAAACAGGUGUCCUACCUGGCCAGCGUCCUUCGUUUGGGUGUGUCUCCUGAAGCAUCUUUCAGUCAGUGGGCAUGGCAGAUGUUGCUGCGGCUGAAACUCCAUGGGAAUGCCCAGAACCCUAAAGGGGUCUGGGCAGUGCCUGCUUUGGCGUCCAACCCACCUCCGGAGCUUACACAUGCUCCCAGCAUGCACUCUGUUCUCAGGGCUGUAAAAGCAGGUCUCCCAAUUGGAUGUUACCUGUCCCUGGCCAUGACAGUAGUGGGACAUAGACUUGAAAACUUUUGCACUGAUGGAGUUGAGCUGUUAAAAAGUUUGAUUCAGUCUCGCUACCUGAGAGCAGCUGUACAUCUGCUGGAUAACAUCCUACCUCCCACCUAUCCUCUGAGCUUUUACCUGCUCAACAACUCUCAGUUUGUAAGUUGUAUCCAGCUUUUCCUGCAGUACGACAGCGUUUGUCCUCAAGGUGUGACGCAGCAUGUCACACAUCGAGUCGCACCACUUCUAACCGGAACCACUUACGGGGACAAUGUCCGUCUGCUGAACAGUGUCAUUCAGAGUCACGUUGUAGAAAGCUCUCGGCCCAGUUGUGUUGGAGCCGCUGCAGUGCUGGAGUUCUGGGUGGGGAUCCUGACCCAGCAGAACUUUUGGUAUCGAGACAAGACGGUCCUGUUCCUCAUGGAUCAGAUCUGCAGUGCUGCCUUUAUUCACCACCAGGAGGAAUGUGUGCAAAAGCUCCUCUAUCAGCAGCAUAAGAAUGCCUUGAGUUACCAUGGAGAUCGGGGUCUGCUCUCCUCUCUGGUUGGCUGGAUUGCUGGAAAUGCCACGCCAUCAUUUGUAGAGGGCCAAUCCCUGAGUGGAGAAGUUUGGUUUGCCUGGCUGGUGCUGAACAUGGAGGGGCUGUUUGAGGAAGAGUCUCAGCUGAGACGCUGCGUCGAGCAUGAGCUCCUGUCAGAGCCCAGCAUCUCCCCAGAUCAAGCAUUAAAGCGGGCACAGCAGAGGCUGAAGCUGCCAGUGGUUCCCUCUCUGCAGAGGCUGCAGGUGUACCGCUGGGCGUGUCAGGCCCUAGCCACCCCACCUGAUCACCCCCUCCUCCCCCUCAUCUGGCAGAAGUUCCUGCAGCUCUACCUCAGACAGCCUGGACCUGAGUACGGGCUGGCAGCAGGGGGGUGCAUCGGACGAAGGUUCUUCCAGGCUUCUUCUUAUCCUGCUUUACUUAAAGAUCUGAGGCAGAGAAUACAAGAGGUGUCUGACUUCCACUACGCUGCCAGCCAGGCUCUCAAGGUGCCCUUGCUAAACACACCUUCAUCGGACAACCAGGGGGAAGAAACCCCGGGCAAUGCCCAACCACCUUACCUCACCUCUCCUCAGCUCCACUCAGAACUGGUCAGGUUGUUUGGUGUGUUUGCCUUGUGGAUUGAUGAUGGGACCCUGCAGAAGCAGGAAGUGUACCUUCCCUCCCUUCCACCCGAAUAUGAAGCUCACAGACUGGCACAGGUCAUGCAGCGACAACAGGAACUUUGGCUAGAAUAUAUAGACCAGGAGCGUCUUCAGUAUGAUGAGAGGGAGGUUCUGUCUCUGUGGGAGAAGGUGCAGAGUGAGCCCACAUUCCUGCAGCCUCAAAGUUCUGGCUUCACAGACUACACCAGCCAAAGCACUGCAAAAGAGCGCAUCCUUUCCAAUCUGCAGAAGCAUCCGGUUCCUCUUCGAGCUCCUGAGCUCCAGGACCAGAAGGCUCCAGUGGCCGAUGUUCCCACUGCUUGUCUCUCUGACUAUAAAGCUGCUGCUAAACUCAUACAGCAGGACCUCAGCAUUUUACAAGAUCAGGCCAGGAUUGCUGUUGCGCGUGAAGCCCAGCAGGUGGCGAUGGAGCAGGAGCUUCUGGAGAGCCUUUCUUUGCUUUUUAAGAACCAGCCAGAGCAAGUUAGCAUGGCCCUGGAGUGUAAAGGGAAAGGAGGCCAGCCAUGUCUAGGACCAGCAAACAUCACCGUCACAUGUGAUCGUGCCCAGAGACAGGAGGCAGUGCACAACCAGAUAACUUUGCUGCGCAGGGACAUCAAGAAGCUCCAGACUGAUUGUAUGGCUCCUCCACCUCAAAGCUUGGCCCAAGCUGCAGUUCACACUGAGAACUUCAUCACGGCUCUUGUGAAUAAUUUCAAAGCACAGAAAUCUCCAGUUGUGCAACAAGUUGGUGUGUCGGCCUUUUACCAGGUGGUCUCCUUUGUGUGUGAGGACACACUGCGGCACCCCCCAACACGGCAGUACCUCUCAUCGUGUGUGGAGAUACUGGGACAGGUUUUUAUCCAGGGGAAUGCAGAGGAGUGUGGUCAUGUCCUGAAGACCAUCUUGGAGCAGAGGCUUCUUUGUCCCCUAAUCUCCCCCUUCUUCACUCCAAACGCAGCCCCCGCUCAGUUCGUCUUCCUCUACCAAGACGUGGUGACAUCUCUUCAAAUCGACACUGCUGAUGUCAUUUUCAUGCUGCUCACCAAAUUCGAUUUGUCCCAUUGGCUGAAUGAGGCUCAUCCUGUGUUUUCGGAGAGAACGCGUUUGCUGGAGCUGAUCCACGGAGCUCUCUGCGUCUGCGGCCGAGACCCCGAGCCUGAACUUCUCACGCCAUUUCACCUUUUCACCAAACACUGGACCUUGCUUUUACGCCACCACUUCCCAGACCAUUACAGUGAUUGUCUGCGUCUGCUCAUGACCAGUUCAUCAAACCAGAUGUUGAGUCCAGAGUGCUGGAAAGUUACAUUGCGAGUGCUUGGCUGCUUGCCUCCAGCCCGCAGCGUCAAAAGCAAAACUGAACCAUCUCCCAACACUUUCGGACCCUCCGCUUCUCCCUACAGACCCUCCAUCAGUCUCUCUCCUCAGCAGGCGGAUGAGACGGUUGACUGGCUGAGUGACUACUUCCUGAGAAGUCGUCUCAGUAAACCUGAGCUCCGCAGCUUCGGCCUCUUCUCCUCCUGGGUUCCUUACAUCAGUCACAUUGUUAUCUUCUGGGAACAUCUGAUUGGUUGCACUAUCAGCGUGCACGUCAGCAGCUGCGCCAGAGAGUCAGUGGGCAGCAGCAGAACCAUGACAGCUCUGCAGGACCUGUACAGCAAGCUUGGGAAGUUAUUUAAGCCCUGGAUCUUUCCUCUGGACAGCAGUGAAGGCGGUAACAUUAAGUGUUACCCCUGGCUGGAGACUGAUGCGAGUGCAGCGGGACAUCUGGUUGGUUUGUACGUUCAACUGACUGACACAAUUCAUUACAAAUUCAGAGAUCGCCUGCUGCCUGGUCAGAGAGGAGCUCUGUGGCUGUGUUUGAUGCAGUACUGUGAGAGCUGCACCUCUCCUCGCACACCCGAGUACCUGCUAUACAUGUACCACACACACCUCCGCAGCCUGCCCUGGAAGCACCUGCAUCCCGACACCCAGCUCAUGGAGCAAUUCUUCAAUGUGGAGAGAGGAAGUCCCAAGAGCUGCUUCCUGUUUAUGGGAGAACUGAUGUGUGAAGUGAACUGGGUCAGUGUCCUAAGUGACCACUUACAAACACCUCUUGGCUCUACAACAUAUCCAGCUCUGACAGAUGUGGCUACGCAGAAGGAGUCACUCACCAUGCUGGUCUAUCUGCUCUACAUGCUUGUUUUUCUAGCCAAAGAGGAGCAACUCCUGAGUAAACAGGACCCCCCUCUGCUCAGUCUGCUGGUUCAGUCCACCUCUCUACCCUGGCACCAACUUGACCUCUCCUCGUACCAGGGCAUUCUGGGAUAUGUCAGCACACACUACCCUCCGUCUCUGCUCCUCAGUUCAGAUUCUGCUUCUCAGUUGCUGCUGAAAUUACUCCGUAGUGCUGCAGGUCUCCACCCACACCCCAAUGAGGAUCCACACCAGGAAGAGACCCUGAAGGCAGGAGGUUAUAUUUGCUGGUGUGUGCAGUCACUGGUGACUCUGGAACAAGGAGGUGGCAUCGUCCUCAGCAGCCUGGAGGCUCAGCUGGAGACACUUCUGGAGAGUGUGGUUACCUUCAACCCUCCAGAUGUGGAUUUGGAGCAAAGACACAUGGCGUUCUGCAGUCUCUUCAGUGAUGCACUGGCCUUGCUCAACGGGGUGGGAGUCUCAGCGGGCGAGGCUUUAGCUGCUCAUGUCAUUACCUGGCUGGACAGGAAGGGGAGGGGAUUUCCCAUUCUGCCUCUUCUCACAGCCUGCUCAUGCUGCCUCGCAUCAGUGCGACACAUGACCCGCAUCAUGGAGGCAUGCAUCACGGCACACUUCAACCACGCUGAGGAGGAGCCUGUAGGUUGGGGCCCUGUGUUAGCGUCCCUGCAGGUGCCUGAGCUCACAAUGGAUGACUUCCUCUCCGAGAGCCAAUCAGGAGGCAGCUUCCUGACACUCUACGCCUUCAUCCUGCAGCGCCUCAACGCUGAAUGCACACAAGCCAAUGACAGGAGGAUUCUGGCUCUCAUUACCACAUGGACCACCCAAGUCUUCCCCAGUGGUCCAGGUGAUGAAGCAAAACUGUUCCUGUGGUGGCACAAGGCACUGAAUCUGUACGUGGAGCAGCUGCAGCCACAGGCAGGUCACACUGAAGUGUCAGGAGUUGUCAUGGGUCUGAUGAGCCUGCAGAGCAGACUGCUUCAACUCGGAGAAGAACGACAGAACUCUGGACUCCUGGGAGCCAUAGGCCUUGGGAAGAGGUCUCCUGUUUCUAAUAGGUUCAAGGUGGUUGUUCGCAGUUUAGCAGCAUUCCUGUCCGUCCAGAUGCCAGAGACUGAGCUUAGACUCCAACCCACUCCUGACCUGCAACUCUCUGCAAAAGCACAACAAACACUGGGAAUGUUGGAGGCCAUGUCCAGCAAUAAGCAGUACGCUGAGCUGGAGGAGCCUUUGAAUAAGGCUGUCCAGUUCAUCCGCUACCCAGGACACUGUCUCAAAGAUGGCCCCCGACUGCUGGCCCUGCUUGUCAGCCUCCUGUACUCAGACCUCAGAUACCUACACAUCAUUCGUUAACUUGGACUCAACCUGACAAAUGCUCCAGAUUUCAAGGACAUUACCUUCCUGAGGCAAAUAAUAGUCAACAUCUAAUUUUUGCAAACAAAAUAAUACUUGAGCACAACGUUU